UAGCGGAGUACCUUCAUAUUUUGGCUACGAGUUCUUACCCCAGACUUCGCAUACCAGGCCUUUACAAGCUUUCGACGAGAAUCAUCCGCGCAUGCAUACGACCCGUAUGUCGGACUUGCUCCUUGUACCGUAGACCCAGCGACAUCCAGGAACUGCACUUUUAGUACUUCGCAAAGAAUCCGGUUGCACUCAGGUCCUGCCACGCAUCCUAUGAAGAACAUCACGCCAAUUUUCCUUCUCCUCGUCGCGUCUUGGAGUUUCGCGACUGUAAUUCAGACCACCCACGCAGCACGCGUUUUAAGGGCCACGUCGGACGCGCCGGACCCGUCAGAGUCGCCGGAGUCGCCAGAGUCGCCGGCGACAUCGUGGGACGUGGAGGUGUCGGCCAGUCGCACGCGAAGAGGGCUCACAUCGAUAUACACGGGAACAGGCGGCGGCACCGUCGGUGAUACUACGACUGAUUCUAUUUCCACCAACCCAGCGUCAGCUCGAACGCGGCGAGUUCUCUCCUCCAGCGACUACUUUUACGAGGAGGAUGAUAAUGGCGGAACUGACGGAGGGAGCGGCAACGACUCAGGGGGCGGGUGGGAAACUCCCAAAUCGGGAACAAUUGGCGAGGCCUGGACUCCCGAAUCGCCGGGCGACGACUCUUCAACGGACGGCGGCCGCGGUGACGAAUCGACCUGGAACGGCGACUGGACGUUAACGGACGACCCAAUAACGGACGGCAGAAGCGGCGGGGACAGCGGAGGGGACGGCGGCGGCGGCUUCUGGGACGAACUGUGGAGCAAGUGGGGGUGGGGAUCAUCGGACGAGCCGGAUGUGAUCAGCGGCGCGGAUCCCGGAACGGACGGGAGCGAUGAUGGUAGCAGAAGUGGGUGGACGGACGACUCGUGGGACGGCAGUGGUGGCGGUGGCGAUGAUGGGUCGGACGAUUGGUCAGAAGAGGGGUCGGACUCGAGUGAGUGUGGCGGCAGCGAUUGCUACUCGAGCGACUCGAGCUAUUCAGGCGAUUCGGGUGAUUGGAACGACCAGUACUCGGGGAUGACGUCCGAUGAGACGCCGCAGUAUAGCAGUGUGACAACAACCAGCGACGACGGCAGCAGCAGCGCCAGUAGCGCCAGUAGCGCCAGCAGCAGCAGCAGCAGAAGCAGUGCUGUUUCCAGCCCUCCCCCGGACGAGGAGCCCAUUGUUCCUCUUUACCCAGACCAGGGGAGCUCCACCUCCCUUACCCCAACCUGGGUCUCCACUGGUUCUCCUCUCCCCACGCCUUCUCAUGGUGCAUCCAAAGGCUCUCCUCCUCCAGUGGUGAAGUCCCCGGCUCAACCGCCACCAGAUGUACCCGGCAGCCCCCCUCUUCCACCCACUGACAUCCCUACUUCCCCCCCUCCAUCUGGCGUCCCCACCACUCCUCUUCCACCCUCUAAUGGACCUACCACCCCGCUUCCCCCUACUGACGGCUCUACCACCCCUGUCCCUCCUAUUGAAGGCUCUCCCACCCCUCUUCCCCCUACUGAUGGCUCUACCACCCCUGUCCCUCCUAUUGAAGGCUCUCCCACCCCUCUUCCCCCUACUGACGGCUCUACCACCCCUGUCGCUCCUAUUGAAGGCUCUCCCAAUCCUCUUCCCCGUACUGACGGCUCUACCACCCCUGUCCCUCCUAUUGAAGGCUCUCCCGCCCCUCUCCCCCCUACUGAUGGGCCUAACGCCCCUCCCCCUCCCUCUAACUGCAUCAUGGACCAAGGUGCUGUGCAGGCGGCCCUCUCAUGGGUGUGUGGUGCUGGUCGCGCUGACUGCUCCGCAAUCCAGCCUGGGGGUGCGUGUUACGAACCGAAUACACUCGCCGCGCAUGCCUCUUACGCGUUUAAUAAUUACUAUCAGAAGCUGGCCCAUGUGCCUGGGAGUUGCUUCUUUGGGGGGACGGCUGUGGUUGUGCCGGCUCUGCCUGGGUAUGCACCAGAGACUGGGGGCUGCAAGUAUGCUGCAGGGAAUAAUCAGUACUGCGUAGUGGGCUGCAAGUGAGGAAAUGAACAGCAGAAACGUUGUAUGAGAGGGUGGUAGAGGGUGUACAAGAUAGCCAUUAUGAUUCUUGUUAUAUGUGUACUAGAGUUCCUUCAUGUGGAUAGCGGGGUUUU